AUGGACGAGCCCCCGGAUACCGGGGGCUCGGCCCCCGAGGUAGCUUGUAAUAUUAUAAUAGAAAAUAGAUUUUCUAAACUGGACGAGUCCAGUGUAGAUACAGAUGUGGAUCAACGGAAUGACCGAAAAAGAAUGCGACUAGGUAAAAUUUGCAAACACUGCAACAAAAGGAAAAAAAGAUUCGAUCCGACGCGUCGGAACAAACAAAAGGACACUGAUUGCUCGUGCCAAAUACCGGAAAUUGAAAUUCCCUCAAUAUGUACUGGGCUUAAGAACGCUAAUGCUCUAGAUAGUUUUCAGAAAAAAGUAGACCGUGUAGAUACUGCAACUGUUAAUACCCCACAGCACCUAUCACCUCCAUCAGACGUUUCUCAGUCCAUAAAAAAUCCUACAGGCCGAACGUUUUAUGAGGCCUAUGACAUAGGGCCAUUCGUAGUUCAUGCGCAAAAAGUUUCUUCAGAUACGGACAUCCCCUCCCUACACCCCGUCCAAUUUGGGUAUUUCCUCAAGAAAAAUUCUUUUAAAAACAUAAUUAAUGGUAGCAUCAAAAGGAUAGGCAGAAACAGAAUUUCCCUAUCAUUCUCUGACCACAAAUGUGCAAACGAAUUUAUUAAUAACCCUUGCCUGGCAAGAAAUAAUUACAAAGCUUUUAUUCCCUCAUUUAAUGUGACCCGAAUGGGCCUGGUGCGAGGCGUUCCCGCGGAAUGGUCUCCCGAAGAGAUAUUAGACAACAUCUCUCUGCCUGUAGGCAGCGGAGGAAUUAUAAAAAUUAGACGAUUAAAUUAUAAAGUACGUAACAGUAGCCCUCCUCAGUGGAAGCCAUCACAGACUAUUGUAAUAACUUUCGAUGGUCAAACCCUUCCUAAACAUGUAUUUGUCUGCUACAAUGCUCUGCCCGUAGAACUUUACGCAUACCCCACUAUUCAGUGCUAUUCUUGUUGCCGAUUUGGUCAUACUAAGUCUAAUUGUAACUCUCGGCCCCGCUGUUACAAGUGUGGCCAAGGCCAUACUGGGGACACAUGCAACAUACAAGAUGAUGCCGCGUCUUGCUGUCUAUGUUCUGGUCUACACUUUGCUACAAACAGAAAGUGUCCAGAAUAUGAACGGCAGACUAAAAUUAAAUUGUAUAUGGCUUAG